AUGGCCAAGGACAAGAGCAAGAAGAAGGCCCGUGCUGAGGAGAAUGGCGAGGACGUCGCCGUCGAGGAGCAGGUCAACAAGAACAAGCGGCACAGGAAGGACAAGCCCUGGGACACGGAGGACAUUGACCACUGGAAAAUUGAGCCGAUGACGGCGCCGGAUGCGGCCUCGCACACGCCCUUCCUCGAGGAGUCGAGCUUCACCCUCCUGUUCCCCAAGUACCGUGAGCCGUACCUGCGCAGCGUGUGGGGCCAGAUCACGUCGACGCUGGACAGCUACGGACUCGGAUGCACGCUGGACCUGAUUGCGGGCAAGAUGAGCGUGCACACGACGCGCAAGACGUGGGACCCGUACAUCAUCUUCAAGGCGCGCGACCUGCUCAAGCUGCUUGCGCGUGGUGUCAGCGCCCCGCAGGCGAUGAAGGUGCUGCAGGACGGGAUUGCGUGCGACAUUGUCAAGAUCUCGGGCAUCGUGCGCAACAAGGAGCGCUUUGUCAAGCGUCGUCAGCGUAUCGUCGGUCCUGGCGGAAGCACGCUCAAGGCCAUCGAGCUUCUCACCGACUGCUACGUGCUCGUGCAGGGCAACACGGUGUCGUGCAUGGGAUCCUACAAGGGUCUGAAGGAGGUGCGCCGCAUCAUCAUCGACUGCAUGCACAACAUCCACCCGAUCUACCGCAUCAAGGAGCUCAUGAUCCGCCGCGAGCUCGCCAAGGACCCGAAGCUGGCCAACGAGUCCUGGGACCGUUUCCUCCCCAAGUUCCAGAAGAAGCAUCUGAAGACGUCGGAGAAGACGGCGAAGAAGAACGCCGCUGCCGGAUCAGCCGCCGGCGAGCCCGCCAAGAAGAAGGCCAAGGUGUACACGCCCUUCCCGCCCGCGCCGGCGCAGAGCAAGCUCGACGUCGCGCUCCAGACCGGAGAGUACUUCCUCAAGCCAAAGGAGAAGGAGGCCGCCGCGCGCGCGGAGCGCGAGGAGCGCCACGCCGAGAAGACGGAGAAGAAGCGCGCACAGCGCGAGGAGGCCUUUGUCGCGCCCGAGGAGAAGGCGGCCCCCUCGCUCGAGGAGAGGAGGAAGAAGAGGAAGCGUGCCGAGGACGCCAUGUGA